CCCCCCCCCCCCAGUUACCGCCAAAUUAUCAUAAUCUGGAGGCAGAAAGCACCUCUCCGACAAUAUUCAUUCCAUUCCCGGAGCAAUAAUGCCUGGGAAUAAUAGCCGAGAUUAUACAAUCAGGGCUCCUGGAUGUAAUAGCAAUAGGGAUGAAAUUCCCAUGAAGUGUUUAAAUUUCGUUCAAUUGUCAUCCGAGAGCGAACGAGAAAGCGCAAUAGAAAAAUUUAAUGCGUUAGAAAGAGAUAUCGCUAAAGUUUUCUUGGCGCGAAGCUGAAACCAAGAAACUGACAAGUAGGAUAACGCAAAUUUUGAUUUUACUUUCCUGGAUAAUUCGUCGUAAAGUAGAAUACCGACAGUCUUGGUCUUUAUUUUGAUUUUUAUCUUGAUCUUGAAAGGUGUCUCUAUCCUAGAAUACCACCCAUAGUUUCCUUUUUCUUGGAUUUUCUGGACUUUUCCCAGGAUAUUCUGGGAUUUUCUUGGAAGAAGUCAAUCUCUAUAAGUUGUGAGAAAAUGGAAAUAAAGAACGAAGUGAAAUAUUCAUCCCUUGAUAUCCUUGAUAAGAAGUACCCCAUCAAAGAAGAAGAAAUUGACGUAGAUGACACCCGGGAUGAAUCCCAAGAGGUAGUCCAGUUUGUCAUAACAGAGGUUAAGGCAAAAGGAAGCUACGCUUGUCCACUGUGUGAGAAGACUUGCACUAGAUCGGAUAAUUUGAAGGCUCACAUGAUUGUUCAUGGGGCUGAAAGGACUUUUACGUGUCCCGAAUGCGGUAAAGGAUUCCCAACAAAGGGUCGAUUGGAUGCCCAUCAAAUUAUCCAUGUUGAUGAAUCCAUCCCGUGUUUGCUGUGCAAGAAGUCCUUUAAGAGUGCCAGGCAUCUUAAGUUCCACAUGCAACGGCACACAGGAGAGAAGAAGCAUGAAUGUGAGAUCUGUGGGAAGAAAUUCUCCGAUAGUAGUCACAAAAGGCGACAUCUGACACAGAUUCACUAUGGGUGGAAGCCAAAAGAAGAUUCUCAGAUAAAAUUCACCUGUGAGCAGUGCGGAAAGGCCGUGCUAACUAAGACCUCACUAGAGAGGCACAUGUUAGUACGUCAUAGUACAGCUAGGGACCUAAAAUGUCCCCAAUGCCCAAAAACGUUUAAACUCAAUUACGCCCUAAAGGAGCACAUGGUGGUCCAUAGUGACCAAAAACCAUUCUCCUGCCAAGUUUGCAAGAAGAAAUUCAAAAGGAAGUCUCACUGCCUUAGGCACUGCGAUAAGCACAAUACUGGGGGGCCUAAGGAGUGCUCCUACUGUGUUAAAUCCUUCAAGCACACAGACAGCCUCAGGGCUCACUUUUCGCAACAACAUCGAGGUCUACCAAUGACCAUCAUAAAAGAUGGCCCAACAGCAUGUACGGUUUGCCUACAGAGCUUCCAAACGUUAGAUCUCCUAAAGGAUCACAUCAGGAUUCAUGCCAGGGAGAAAAAAUCCUUCCAUUGCCGCUACUGCGGAAAGGAUAUAGUACACAAAUCCAGCUAUGAAAGACACUUAACUACCCAUCGUAAGAAAGCACCAUACAAAUGUGCUCACUGUUUGAAGAAGUUCAAACGGAAGGAUACAAUAGUGAAGCAUGUGAAGAUUCACACGAAGAAUCGACCAACAUACAAAUGUCGUACCUGUGGGGCUUUGCUGAAGCACAAAAAGACCCUUCGGGAGCACGAUCGGAAGCACAAGAUGAGAAAUGAAGCAGCAACGGAGAAGGAGGAAUGUGAAAGGAAUAAACAAGACAGUCCUGUUGCAGUUAACUCUGCCGAUGAUGUUACAAAGAUAAAAACUGAAUUUGAUGGCCUUGAUGAUCAUCAAGGACAACUUUGGAGUGAAAUUGAAAUAUCAGGAACGAUGAAGAUUGAACUAAGGGAAUGUUUUGUUAAAAUUGAAAGGAUGGAGACUCGUCGAAGUCUCGGUCGAGGUAAUCAAGGGCAGAAAAAUGCCUCCUCUGUGACUCCUGUGGUGUCCUUUGAGGAGAUUUCACUGCGAGAAAUUCGAGACUACAUGAGGAAUAACAAACAAUGCCAGAUUUGCGAUGAAUACUUCACAACAGCACUGAAAUUUGCAAAUCACAUCACGAAUCAUUUCUACGGAGAUGUCUACACGUGCCCAAGAUGCUCAAAGGCAGUGCUGUCCAGGAAGUCCCUUCAGGAUCAUCUAAAACAACAUACUACACCACUUUGGCGGGAUGUUAAUGUGGGCAGAGGGAGCGCUGAGAUUAUUUCCCGUGGAGGUGUUUCCAUUAGAGCAGUUAAGGAUGAUUCCAUUCAAAGAGCUGGAGCAAAUCAUCAUGUAAAGGAGCUUCCAGGAGUUAGGACUCCUCCAAUUGUAAGGAAUCUUCACUCAAAUGGAAAUCUUCGAGAUGUUAAGAGUCCUUCAACAGUCGGAAGUCUGCCAGUAGCUAAGAAACUUCCGUUAGCCGGAAGUCUUCCUUCAGCCAGAAGCCUUCCAGUAACCAAUGGAACUGCCAUAGUUAAAGCUAAGCCACAAAUCCACAAAAAUCUUCCUUUACUGAAGGAUGUUUCCAUCAAGAGUAUUCCAUCAACCAAGACAAUAAAUCCUCCUCCGGAUCCGGAUGUUUCUAUUCAAAUGAUCUACUUCUGCACCAAAUGUGGACUAAUGUCAGACAAUAAGCAAGAAUAUGAAGCUCAUAGAGUUUCUCAUGAAGUCCCUAAACCCCACAAACGAAAUCUCAUUCCGGAUGUCAAGGAGAGCAGUAACAAGAGACUAAACACAGGACAAGGAUUACCGGGAAUCAAUUCUACCCACAGAGCUAUUCCCAGGAGUGCUGCACAGACCACAAUAUAUCGUCCGUUCUUUUCAUGCCAGUAUUGUUCAAAAAUUGACAAGAAAAUCUUCCUCAGAAUGGGAAAUAAUAGUGAUGAGGAUGAGCAGUAUGUCCUGUACGAGGUCAUUGACGCUGAAAGUGAACAAGAGGAGCUGAAAGUUCCUCAAAAGGAUCAAGAGAACAUCCGGAGACAAUUGAGGGCAGGAAGAGAGGCUGCCGUUGCAAGAGAAACAACCUUCUGUGAGUUGUGCAAAAGUAUCUUCAGGACCCCUUCGGAACUUCGUGAUCAUUUGCCCAUUCACAGGGAUGAGAAAAUCCUAUACUGCCCAAUUUGUUCGAAAACAUUCCAAAGAAAUGAUAGGUUAAUGCAUCACAUUGACCUGCACACAAAACCCCCUCCUUGGUCAUGUUGGUUCUGCAUUAAAACCUUCCCGUACAACCGGAAGGAGAGUCUCAUGAAGCACUUGAGCACCCACGAUGUGUACCUGCUGGAGAAAUCCCAGGAAGGACGUGAGAAGUAUCCGGGGCAGGGGCCAAACUUCACUUGUGAUCAAUGCGAAAGGAAAUUCUGGUUCCAGACAUCCCUGGAGUGGCAUCGGAGGGUCCAUCGGAAGCUCCAGGCACUCCAGUGUCCCCUCUGUGGCACAAUCCUCAAGGACAGAGCCAACUUAACGAGUCACAUUGAGAGUCAUGUGCAGAAGAAGCCAAAUCAGUGUGAGGUGUGUCGUAGGAAUUUUCGCCACGAACACUUCCUGGCCAGGCAUCAGGCAAAGCACGUGCGGUGCUUCUACUGUGACAAUCAACUAGUUAACGCUACGUCUCUUCGAGAGCACAUGCGGUCCCAUCACAGGGGGCUUCCUCAGGAACCCACAGCAGAUGGUCCAGUAAGUUGUACCAUAUGUGGAAAAUCAUUUCCAGCUCUUGAAGUUCUUCAGGAUCAUCUAACUUUGAUUGAGGAAUCUAACUUACCACAUAAAAGGAUAAGACGACACGCUGAGCGAAAGAUUAAGAAAUCAGUGUUUGAAUGUGCUUUCUGUUCAAAGAAAUUCAAAACUCGUGACUACAUCAUUCAACAUUUGCGGAUACACCGGAAGAAGAGACCAAUGUACCCAUGUGGAAUCUGUGGGAUGAAGUUCAUGACACCCUACAGCAUCCCCAGGCACAUCCGGGCAAUCCACAUGGGUGAGAAAUUCACGCAAAAAAAGGAUCAAGCACCAAUGAAAUUAAGACUAAAUCCACAACUCAUACUCAAGGAUAUUAAUGAGAUUAUUGAAAAGAAGGAUUCAUCACAGGGACAUAAAGAAGAUGCUGCUGCUGAUUGUCAAUUUACUGGACUUUUAAAUGAUUAGACCGAUUAAAAAUGAAUUU